CCCGCUUCUCACCUCCCACCAGCCCCGGGCGUCUCCGUUCCAGACGUCGCCGACGCCCCCGGCCGCCGUCAGCCCACCCGGAGCUGCAACAACGUGUGACGUCCCUCAGCACCACCCUCGCCCCGGAGUGCUGGCGUGCUUCACCACCUCUGAUAGUGCCGUAACCGCCUGAACGGAACGUGGUUCUCCUUCCAGGGACAGCGCCCCGAGUCCCGGGUCUUGCCUUUUCUUUCUUGUUCCCCCCUUCUCUUCUUCUCUGCCUCUGAUGGGUGCAAUUGCUUGCUACGACACAGGCUGUUCUUCCCAUCUGCAUCACACAGACAACCCGAAACCACACACAACAUGUCUUUAGCAAACAAACUAUCCGUCAAGGACCUCUCUAUCGCAGGCAAGAGGGUCUUUAUCAGAGUCGACUUCAACGUUCCAUUGGACGGUGACAAGAUCACCAACAACCAAAGAAUUGUGGCUGCGUUGCCAACCAUCGAGUACGUGUUGGAGCACAAGCCUAAGUACGUUGUGCUUGCCUCCCACUUGGGCAGACCUAAUGGUGAGGCUGUUGCCAAGCUUUCCCUUAAGCCGGUGGCUGCGGAAUUGGAGACGCUUUUGAAGAAGAAGGUCAUUUUCUUGAACGACUGCGUUGGUCCUGAGGUGGAGAAGGCGUGUGCUGCUGCACCAGAGGGCUCGGUCAUUCUCUUGGAGAACUUGAGAUUCCACAUCGAGGAGGAAGGCUCCAAGAAGACCUCCGACGGUAAGGUCAAGGCAGACAAAGCUGCAGUCGAGAAGUUCAGACAGCAAUUGACCGCCUUGGCAGACGUCUAUGUCAACGACGCCUUCGGCACGGCUCACAGAGCACACUCCUCCAUGGUCGGCUUCGAAUUGGACCAGAGAGCAGCAGGUUUCCUCAUGGCCAAGGAGUUGGAGUACUUCUCCAAGGCCUUGGAAAAUCCAGUCAGACCUUUCUUGGCCAUCUUGGGCGGUGCCAAGGUCAGCGACAAGAUCCAGUUGAUCGACAACUUGUUGGACAAGGUCGACAUGUUGAUCAUUGGCGGUGGUAUGGCCUUCACUUUCAACAAGGUGAUAAACGGCACCAGCAUCGGCCAGUCCCUCUUCGACAAGGAUGGUGCCGAGAUUGUUCCUAAAUUGAUGGAGAAGGCCAAGAAGAACAACGUCAAGGUCUUCCUACCGGUCGACUUUGUCACCGGUGACAAAUUCGCCGCCGACGCCACCGUUGGCCACGCCACCGUCGACUCGGGCAUCCCCGACAACUUGAUGGGUUUGGACGUUGGUGAAAAGACCAUCAAGGAGUUUGAAGGCGCCAUUUCCCAGGCCAAGACCAUCGUUUGGAACGGUCCUCCAGGUGUUUUCGAGUUUGAGAAUUUCGCCAAGGGUACCAAGUCCAUGUUGAACGCAUGUGUCCAGUCCUGCGCCAACGGCAACAUUGUUAUCAUCGGUGGUGGUGAUACCGCCACCGUAGCCAAGAAGUUUGGUGCCGCUGACAAGUUGUCCCACGUCUCCACUGGUGGUGGUGCCUCCUUGGAAUUGUUGGAAGGUAAGGACUUGCCUGGUGUCGCCUUCUUAUCCGACAAAAAAUAG